AUGAAGAACCACAUUUCUUCAGCUGUUAUUUUCCUUCUCUUCCUUGUUUUCACAAACCAUUGUCUAAGCAUUGAAGCCCAAACCUGCAAACCCAGUGGUAAAAUCAAAGGCAAGAAUCCACCACCAAAUCAAUGUAACCAAGAGAACUACUCUGAUUGCUGCCAAGAUGGCAAAACCUACCCAACUUACAAAUGUUCACCAAAAGUUACAGGGCACACAAAAGCGACCUUGACAUUGAACAGUUUUGAGAAAGACGGAGAUGGUGGGGCCCCAUCUGAAUGUGACAACAAGUACCACUCAGACAACACCCCAGUGGUUGCACUCUCCACGGGUUGGUUCAACAACAUGAAGAGGUGCCUUCGGAACAUUACCAUUUACGGCAAUGGCCGGAGCGUCAACGCCAUGGUCGUCGACGAGUGUGACUCCACCAUGGGGUGUGAUGCUGAUCAUGAUUACCAGCCACCUUGUCCUAACAACAUUGUUGAUGCUUCUAAAGCUGUUUGGAAGGCUUUGCAAGUCCCUGAAGAUAAUUGGGGUGAAUUGGAUAUCUACUGGAGAGAUACUUGCAAACCAAGUGGCAAAAUCAGAGGCAAAAAGCCACCACCAGGCCAAUGUAACAAAGAGAACUACUCUGAUUGCUGCAAAGAUGGCAAAUCCUACCCCACUUACAAGUGCUCACCAAAGGUUACUGGCCACACAAAGGCAACCUUGACAUUGAACAGUUUCGAGAAAAAUGGUGAUGGCGGAGCCCCAUCUGAAUGUGACAACAAGUACCACUCAGACAACACCCCAGUGGUUGCACUCUCCACAGGUUGGUUCAACAACAUGAACAGGUGCCAUCAUAAUAUUACGAUAUAUGGCAAUGGCCGGAGAGUCAACGCCAUGGUUGUCGACGAGUGUGAUUCCACCAUGGGGUGUGAUGCUGAUCAUGAUUACCAGCCACCUUGUCCUAACAAUAUUGUUGAUGCCUCUAAAGCCGUUUGGAAGGCCUUGAAAGUCCCAGAAGGCAAUUGGGGUGAAUUGGAUAUCUAUUGGAGUGAUGCUUGAUUGAUUUAGUACUCUAUGUUUCUUUUUUUUUUUUUUUUUUUUGUUGGUGUGUGUGUGUGUGUGUGUGUGUCAAUAUCAGGUUAUUGGGUUUGCUAUGUUUCACGUGUACUGUGUUUGUGUUAUGCUUUCAUGUGUGAUAUUAUUUACUGUAUAGUUUC